GCUGCUAAUAACGAAACAGUUAAGCAUACAAACAAAUAGAGGUAAGAUAGGUGUUUCAAAAUAAGAUAGUGAAAUUGUCAAAUUCGAAAUAGUAGUAUUUCAACAGUCAUUGUGGGUGUGUGAUUGAUACCAAUUGGAAAAAAAAUCGUUAGUCACUUAAGAUCUUGAAAAAUAGAUAAUGACAUUUUCUUUUGUAAUAAAAUUGUUUGUACAACUUUCCCUAUUGGGAUUAAUAUACAAUAUUUCGGUGGUUGCUGUCUGCAAUGAGUGCCAGGAAAACAAUGUGGCCUGUGUAAAUGAAACCUCUUAUCAUUUGUGUUAUGGAGAAAAUAUCCCAAACACCAAUCAAUUGUUUACAUGUCCAGACGGUUUGGUUUGUACAAAUCUACCCAAUAUUUGUUUCCAACGUAAUACAUUACCUGCCAGCUGUGGUGAUACAUCUAGCUGUGGCCUGUGCAAUUCGAAUCAAGUGUUUGCCUGUACAUCUCGCACAACCUUUUCUUUUUGUUUUGGAGCUCCCAUACCAUCGGAUGUAGUGGGCACUUGUCCAACAGGAAUGACAUGCGAUGCCUCAAGUUCGGAAUUCUGUGUGGCAGAACUUAAGCCGGCUUCAAUUGUGUGCGAUUUGGCGGAACCAAUUGAUAUCAGAAAUUUAUAUCCAGAAUUAGUGAUAAACUAAAGUAAUUGUCGAAAGUACGCAAUUUUGUUCCGUAAUACAGGGAAAAAAGAACAAUAAUUAAAAAAAGUUUACUUCCCUUAAAAAUACAAAUAUAAAUCUAUUUAUUAUAAUUAAAAGAAGUAGAUAUGAACCUACCAAACAUAAAUAUAUA